AUGGACUAUGUUCUUCGUGUGAAAAGCUAUGUCGAUUUCCUCUCUGCCAUCUCUAGACGGGUCUCGGAACAAGAUCACAUAUUGUAUCUUCUUGGUGGACUCAGCUCUGAGUACAACUCUUUUGUGGUUUUUGUAACAUCCAAUGCUAACUCCACCACUCUUGAAGAUGUCAAUAGUCUUCUUCUAUCCCAUGAGAAUCGACUUCAACAACAACAUACAUUUGAUGAAGGCAUUAACAUUCAAGCAAGCAUUGCUUCUCGACAACCUUUUCGAAGUUACAAUCUAUCUCAGUACAAUUCCAACAAUAGGGAUUUUCGACACUCAAAUAGGUCCAAUGAUCGUCUUACUGAUUCUCGCCCUCCUUCUACAAAUUGUUCAACUGAUCAUGGUCUGAAACCACAAUGCCAACUUUGUGGUCGUAUUGUUCAUGUUGGUCUUCAAUGUUAUCGUUGCUAUGUUCCCUCAUUACAAUACACCUCCUCUAAUGCACCACAUGCCAUGAUUCAAUUAUGUGUUGACAACAAUGUUUCUGUUGAAUUUUUCGCUAAUUAUUUUCAUGUUAAGGAUUUUACUUUGAAGAAAGUUCUUCAUCUCGGUCAUCUACAUAAAGGGCUCUACCAUCUUCUAGUAGCCUAA